UGGCAGAAAGAUGCAAGCUAGAAGCCGUGUCCAAACUAAGAUGUCAGCUCCCUACUUUUUAAAACACAUUUCUCCAGAAACGAGUGGUUAUGGGGCCGGUGCCCCGCGCGGCAGCACAUAGUUUGUAAAAUGGAUAUACCGACGGCGGUUUUCAACGCGGCCAGAGAUGGUAAGCUGAAACUUAUACAGAAGUUGCUGAGCAACAAAAGUCCAGAGGAGCUGGAGGCUUUAGCCGAGGAGAAAACGCAGGGAGGCACCCCUCUCCUGGUAGCUUCUCGGUACGGACACCUGGAGGUCGUAGACUACCUCCUCGAACAUUGCAGAGCUAACGUCGAACUCGGCGGCGCGGUCAACUUUGACGGCGAGACCAUCGAGGGGGCUCCGCCGCUGUGGGCAGCCUCGGCCGCCGGUCACCUCCCGGUGGUGAAGACCCUCCUGAAGCGGGGCGCCUCGGUGAACAACGCGACGCUCACCAACUCCACGCCGCUGCGAGCCGCCUGCUUCGACGGCCACCUGGAGAUCGUCCGCUACCUGGUGGAGCACAGAGCCGACAUGGAGGUGGCCAACCGCCACGGUCACACCUGCCUCAUGAUCUCCUGUUACAAGGGCCAAAAGGAGAUCGCCAAGUUCCUCCUGGACCGCGGCGCCGACGUCAACCGCAAGAGCGUGAAGGGAAACACCGCCCUGCACGACUGCGCCGAGUCGGGCAGCCUGGACAUCAUGAAGAUGCUGCUCAAGUGCAACGCCCGCAUGGAGAGAGACGGCUACGGGAUGACCCCGCUCCUGGCGGCCAGUGUCACGGGGCACACCAACAUCGUGGAGUACCUCGCCCAUCAGCCUCGCACCUCCAGAGAGGACCGCGUCGAUGCCCUCGAACUGCUCGGGGCCACUUUUGUGGACAAGAAGCGGGAUCUGCUGGGGGCCAUGAGGUACUGGAGGAGAGCGAUGGAGCUGAGGCAACCUGGGGACAAAGCGGGCUCCCUGGGCAAGCCUCCACCAGGCCCCCCGGUCCUGGCCUAUGGCUGUGCACAAGAGGUGAGCACUGCAGAGGAGCUGGAGGCUUUGAUCACAGACCCUGAUGAAAUGAGGAUGCAGGCGUUGCUGGUUCGAGAGCGCAUCCUGGGGCCAUCGCACCCAGACACCUCUUAUUACAUCCGUUACAGGGGAGCCGUGUAUGCGGACUCGGGCAACUUUGAACGCUGCAUCAGCCUUUGGAAAUAUGCUUUAGACAUGCAGCAGAGCAACCUGGACCCUCUCAGCCCCAUGACGGCCUCCAGUUUCCUGUCUUUUGCAGAGCUCUUCUCUUUUGUUCUUCAAGACCGGGCCAAAGGCACCCUGUCGACCCGCGUCACCUUCCACGAUCUGAUGACCGUGCUGGGGAAGAGUGUGAGGGAGGUCGAGAGAGCCGUGGCGCAGAAGGACAACCCCCCCGAGGCUCCUCAGUUCACCAAGGCGCUCUCCAUCAUCCUUCACCUCAUCUUUCUCCUGGAGAAGCUGGAGUGCAGCCCCGAGCAGGAGCAUCAGAAGAAGCACACAGUGUACCGCCUGCUGAAGCUGAACCCUCGAGGUCGCGGCGGCUUCACUCCGCUCCACAUGGCCGUCGACAAGGAGACCACGUCCGUCGGCCGCUACCCCGUCGGCCGCUUCCCCUCCCAGGCGGUGGCGGCGCUGCUCCUGGAGUGCGGCGCGGACGUGGACUCGCGCGACGGCGAGAACAAUACGCCGCUGCACAUCGCCAGCAACAACGGUUGCCCGGAGAUCAUGGCGCUGCUCAUGAAGGCCGGCGCUCACUUCGACGCCACAAAUGCGCAGAGGAAGACGGCCUACGAGCUGCUGGACGAGCAGAGCAGCGGGCACCCGGCCCUCUGCCCGCUGAACCAUGUCACCCUUCAGUGCCUGGCGGCGCGGGCCAUUGAAAAGCACAGACUGCCCUACAGGGGGCUUAUAUCGGAGGAGAUGGAGGCUUUCAUUGAACUGCACUGACGCCCAUCGCUGUCCCCCGAUGAGGCACCCCCGCACUACAACACUUCUUCUCGACCCCCCCCCCCCCCCCCCAUCGUUCUCCCCGUCUUUGUCUCAUUGUGGCCUUCGCCCUACCGACCUUAUGUCAGAGCUCACCACACCCAGCUAACAUCUCUGGCCCUUUCGAUCUGGUCGCUUAUCGCCACAUUAGCAUUAAGUCAUUAAGAAAAUUGAUUGUUGAUUUCUGCUGCUAUUUAAAGCUGGUUGGGACGUCACCUUGGGAUGGACUCUAAUGCAUUUUAUCUGUUAAAAGGAGACUUGCAGUACGGUGGUGCUUGUGUGUGUGUGUGUUCGGUAGCUGAGCUGUAUGUAUGUAUGUAUUACUGGAAGCAUCUGAACAAACUAGCCAGGUAAUGGAAAGCUCACUUGUUGUUUCGCUAAUUCUUUAAGAAAGCAUCGUUUGACCCGACUUACUGUAUACCAUCUGUUAUGUUUCUUUGAUGCUGAGCCAAAUGUCAGCCAGGGAACCAUGUUCUGUUACAGACUGCACUAGUGGCAAAAUGAAAAGCAACUAAUUGUCCUCCUAAUUAUAAGCCGAAGUAAAGUGGAGACGCACACACGUUAAGAAGAUGAGCAGAAAGAGCUGUUACCACUGGUAACGCAUACAUUACCUAUGCAGUUUGUGAUAUUCCACUUGUUCAAGCAAAGAUUUACUACAUAAACAGAUUUUACACAAGAUAAUUUAUUUACAUGGUGAUAGCUCAAAGCUGGGGCUGCUUCGUUGACGAUGAAUUGAUAGCUUCCGAAUUGAUGAGCCAAGAAUGUCGGGAUGAACAGUAUGAUAACUAGAUCCUAAAGUGUGCCUACGUACCGUCUAUUCUGGGUCACGCCAACAUCAACUGAGAUGUCCAGUUCGGCCAAAGAAGCCGCGUCAGAACGAGGGCACGUUGUGAAGGGCAGGACAGCGCCUGAGCCCCAGGAUUGUGUCUGUGUGUGCGGAAAGAAACAAGCAAACUGUUCCUAAUCAAGUGUCAAUUCUCUUUUGUGGUGAAUUUUCCCUUUAACUUCGGAUGCAGUCACACAGAAAUGGAAAGGCCAUUCCUGCGCCUGAGUCUUACUAUUAAUAGUUUCUCUUUGGUUUCUCUUGUGUUAUCAUGAAUGUUUUAUUUGUCUGUCUGUGCUAAGCACCACCGAGUUGAAAGCACACCGAGAGGCUCUAAAUCCUAAAUGGACACACUUGCAUUGGGGCUAUAAACUAUCUGCCUUUCUCUUUCUCAGCUGAUUUGUUUAACGAUGAUAACUCAAGGGCAAAGUGGGUUGGGGAUACUUGAAUAAAAUUCAGUAUCGCAACAUA